AUGAAACCAGCUCUUGGAGAUGUUGGUAAAGUAGUGAGGUGCAUAGAGAGGGAGAGACAAGCUCUCCUUCAGUUUAAAGAAGGACUCAUUGAUGAUUAUGGCGUCCUCUCUUCUUGGGGGAACUCAUCAACUGAAGACUGCUGCAAAUGGAGAGGAGUCCAAUGUAGCAACCGCACUGGUCAUGUGAAGGCGCUCAAUCUUCACGUUCCCUCAUACAUUUAUCAGCCUUUGAGAGGUAAGAUUAGUCCUUCUUUGCUUGAAUUGCAGCAUUUGAAGUAUUUGGACCUCAGUAACAACAAUUUUACAGGGAGCCAUAUCCCAGAAUUCAUUGGUUCCUUUAGCAGAUUACAAUACCUCGAUCUUUCAGUUGAUGAUUUUGAGGGUACGAUUCCUAAUCAGUUUGGGAAUCUUUCCGAAUUGCGUUCUCUUGAUUUGGGCUAUAAUUAUGAACUGAGUGUAAAAAGUUAUCUCCAUGGAAUCAUUUCACCCCAACUUCCAUUGACAAAUUCUUCUGCAUUGUCUCUUGCUGUCCUUGAUCUCUCUUCCAAUUAUUUCAAUUCUUCAAUAUACAGUUGGUUGUUCAAUUUCAAUACUAGUCUUGUUCAUGUAGACCUUUCUGAAAACAAUUUACAAGGUCUGAUCCCUGAUUCUUUCCGAAACUUGAAUUCCCUUGCCUAUCUUCAUCUCUCUUACAAUCAACUUGAAGGUGGGAUUCCAAAAUCCAUUGGGAACUGUACUAGUUUACAAACAUUGAAUUUGGGUUGGAAUCAACUUUCAUCUUUACCAGAUUUAACCAGAUUAUCUUCAUUGAGAGUGUUGGAUCUUUCAAACAAUCGAUUGACUGGAUCACUACCCAAAAAUAUUGGCCAACUUUUCAUGCUUGAAAUUUUGGACGUCUCGUCAAAUUCUUUACAAGGUACAAUCUCCGAAACCCACCUCUCAAAUCUCAACAACUUGAAGCAUUUGGGCUUGUCUGAUAACUCCCUAUCUUUAGACUUCAGUUCUGAUUGGAAUCCUCCUUCUCAACUCGAUGUCAUAAACUUGCGGUCUUGCCUGUUGGGCCCUCGUUUCCCAAACUGGCUUCUAACUCAAAACAAUUACUCUCACCUUGAUAUCUCUAAUUCUGGAAUUUCAGAUAUUGUCCCUAGGGAGUUUUGGAAUUUAUCUCCUAUACUGUCUUACAUAAAUCUCUCUUCCAACCACAUGAAUGGCAUGGUGCCUGAUUUGACGUCAUUGAAGACAGUUUUUUAUCCUGAAAUAGAUUUGAGCUAUAAUCGUUUUGAAUGUCAAAUGCCACUAUCUCCUCCCAACAUCACAGCUUUGAAUCUCUCUAAAAAUAUGUUUUUUGGGUCAGUUUCUUUUUUAUGCAGCAUAUCCAAUAAGCUUCUCAGCUUUAUUGACUAUCAGAUAAUCGAUUAUCAGGGGAGCUUCCUGAUUGCUGGAUGCAUAUGCAUGAAUUAG